GAACUUCUGAUUCGAGUCCACAGUCCACACCACACCCGCACCAUCUUCUCUUUCGGAGAGAAAACAAAAUAUCCUCCCGCACCAGUGAGUAGGGCGAGAUGAGCAGCCCCCGCCGCCGCCACUGCCGCCGCUCGCCGGCGGCGUCCCCGCUGGAGGACGACGACCUGCUCUCCGAGAUCCUGCUCCGCCUCCCCCCGCAGCCCUCCGCCCUCCCGCGCGCAUCGGCCGUCUGCAGGCGCUGGCGCGGCCUCGUCUCCGACCCCCGAUUCCGGCGCCGCUUCCGCCUCCGCCACCGCCGCAACCCUCCUCUCCUCGGCUUCUUCAACCGAUUCGAUCGCCUCUCCUUCCAGCCCACUCUGGAUGCCCCCGACCGUGUCCCUCUCGGGCCCUUCCCCUUUCAGCGCGAUGACGGCGACUACUUCGUCUCCCUCGGAUGCCGCCAUGGCCUCCUACUCGUUUUCCUUCCGGGGAUUCUCGAGGUCCUUGUGUGGGACCCCGUCGCCGGCGACCGGCACCGGGUGGCCAUUCCCCCGGUGGUCGCGGAACGUGCGGCGGAGAUUGGGGUCGGCGGGGCGGUGUAUCGCCCUCCGGGAGACGUCCAACAUUUCCAGGUGGUCUUGGCGGUGACAGACGGCCACGGCGCACAACCUAGACGAGCGCUCGCCUGCGUUUACUCGUCAAAGACCGGCGUAUGGGGAAGUCUCAUCUCGACACCGCUCCCAUACCAGGCUCAUGGAUCUCAGUUUUCCGCCAUCGUUUGUGCCGAGGACGCUGCGCUGGCUGGAGAUUCCCUUUACUGGCCGCUUGCCGGGAAAUUGAAUGGAAUUCUCGAGUUUGAUCUGGAGAAGCAGAGGCUAGCUGUGAUACGGGUGCCGGUGCAUAUGUGGGGCGAGCGGGAGCGGAAUGGCUUCAAGCUUGUGCGGGCAGAGGGUGGUGUGCUAGGUUUCCUCUUCAUAUCACACUCAGACUGCUGUGCCCCACAGUUAUGGAAGAGGAUAACUGGUUGUGAUGGUGUUGCUUCAUGGGUGCUUGCAAGAACUAUUCAACUGGACAAGCUACUUUCCCUGAAACCAGAGGAGAAAGGGGGCAUAGAGAUGGUAGGGUUUGCUCAAGACAAUAAUGUGUUGUUGUUGCGAACGGUUAUCGGCCUCUUCAUGAUCCAUCUUGAGUCACUGAAGUUCAAGAGGCUUUCCAACACUACGACCGUUUCUCGCUAUUUUCCAUUCGAAAGUGUCUACACUGCAGUAACAGGCAUUGGUGGUAGACAUGAUGCAUCUGAUGUUAUGCACAAUAAAUAAGGCGAUUGUCUGGUUAAAUACUCUGUUCUGAUGUACUGGCUGAGCAGGUUACAUUCUGGUGACUGAAAUGAAGGAAUGGGUUGUUCGCUGUAGUGUCUACUAUUUUGUAUGUUCGACGCGCAUAUUGGCUCUCUAUGUAGCAUGCACCGGUCAGCUGUGAAAUCCAUUUGUAGGAAUCAAUUGCUUAAUUUGACAAUUUCUAUGCUCUUCAUGAAGGGAACAUUGACUUGCUUUGUUUAAUUAGUACUCUGUACUUCACUUGUCAUUCCUUUAGUUUGCUGCUUUUCAAGCAAGCUCACCUA